AUGGAUAUCACCGCUGAUUCUAAUUCUGGCACAAUGCAAGGACAACUUUUACAAGAUUUACAACAUGUGAUCGAUAAUAUUGAUCGCAUUGACAAAGAGAUCGUGGCCCAAUAUUGCCCGGAACAAACCCAGUGGAAUUCUUCGACGCCCAUGGAGACUAUCUGUCUAGUUCUCCAAAACAUUAUUCGAGACCGCGUCAAGCGACCAUUGACGCAUCUGCUUAGCAGGAGCCGCGUCGAACACUCCAUGCCAGAACUACAGGGAUCGCAUCAUUCAUCCAGCACAGAGCUGUUCUUGGCGAGGCAGGAACUGAAGAUCCGCGACAUGGGACCAAACAUGACAAGUACUCUGGCGCAACACCUAGCAGUUGAGGGCAAAAUCUGCUUUCGCAUCUCAGACAUGGAUAUCUUUAAUCCAUCUGAAGUCAAAAAGGCUGUGAAAGGUCCUGCUAAAGACUAUGCUCAUACGCAUGUCAAAUACAGUGUCGAAUCUGGACUUCUUCGUUUGAAACCCACAGAGGAGAGUUUGUGGAAGUUUCCUAUAGUGGCUGAUGCGGAAAAACCACGACCAGACACGAUUCCAGGCUACUUGACAGAUCUAGCCAAGUCACCCCCAAAACAACCAUGUGUUUACUAUAGCGGAGAGCAGCCUGCAUUUCGACGUUCGGAUCCCGAUCAACUUGUUUUUGAGCGCUUUGAACAACUUUUGGAUCCUGGCGAAGGUCUCAAAAGGCUUCCAAUAAUACCCGGCGUCAACACAGUUUACUGGAUGUUCGGAGACGCCCAAUCCGGCACAGCAUUCCACUUCGAGGACGCUGGCCUCUGGUCAUGCAACCUAGUUCUGUCAGGCUAUAAGUUGUGGAUAUUAGUCCGGGUAUCGCACAACGUCGCCUUUGAGAAUUUUGUGCGGAAACAGUCAGAAGAGGAGGCUAAAAACUGGGAAUGUGAUCAAUGGGUCCGUCAUAUGAACCUCAUGUAUACGCCCGAGGUCUUGAGAGCUGCAGGGAUCGAAUUUGACCUGGUUUGUGCUGGGCCGGGCGACAUGGUGGUUACAAGGCCCGGACAGUACCAUACUGUGGUUAACCUGACCACUUGUUUUGCCAUCGCGAUCAACUUCACGCUCCCAGAUGAACCUGCCUUACGACCGACCAAAGCAUGUUGCGUGUGUGGACUUUACUCUCUCUCCAAUACGGCGAUCACGAAGGUGGCACCUCAGCAGGAUGAUAUCGAAGAGGAAGCGAGAAGCACGGCUGCUACCGUCGGUGGCCUUGCUCCUAGUACGCAGUCUAGCUCGAGCUCUCAUCUGCCAGCCCAGCCGACACGCAUCUCGCUACCUGUCAAGCCGUUGCGGCAAGCAACUCUUCGACCUAAAGCGCCAACCCAGGAAAUCGCUAGCACAGCAUCAGCAAACACGAGCUCGAAACGCAAAGCGAAGGCCGUGCAAUCCGAGCGAGUGAUGAAAUCGCAAAGGUUAGACCAUGUCUCCAGGCGGCUCGAUUCAGAGACCAGGGCUAGCUUGACAGAUUUGAUACGCUUUAUUCGUAGCCCAGCUGCGAUUGAGCAAUUCUGUGAUUUGGUCAAAGCGAAAAGGGAGCCUGAUCCUGCGGACACCGCCUUCGUUCAGCUGUCACACGGUACUCUCGAGAACGCAGUCUAUUGCUUGAAGAUGAUCAUUCAAGGCGAGCAACGAUACAGGACCACCAAGCGACUCCAUCAACAUACGUUCGCAAAGCAAUGUGCGAAGGUGGCAGUUGGCCGCCAGCGGCUAGACAGCACAGUGAAGAGGAAGAUGUUGAAAGAGUAUCGGCUGAGCAGUAAGGACUUCGAUCGACAUCGCCAAGAGGGCAACCAGUGGGCGACAUUCUGCGGAAAUUUCGAGGGAUUGUUAUGCUUUCUGCCUCAAAAUCUUAGUACAAGUCAGAUGCAGAAGUAUCUGAAUGAUGCUGAGUUACGCUAUUUUCAUGAUCGUCUUGCUGAGGAGGAAGACUACAUCACACGCAUCUGCUGUGCCGGGAAGGCCUUUCAAGAGUCCCUUGGAUCUGACGAUAUCAGUUUCGUUUGGGAAAGCAGAAACAUCCUCAUCUAUGAUAUGACUGAAGCAGAGCUAUUGUCAAAUCUUCAGCCAGUUCACUCGAUUCCGAGAAAUUCGUACGUUGAGUCGGAUUUCAAUGGCGCGCCAAAUCCUACAUUGAUACCACCCAAUGAAGAGCAGUGCGAGCUCUGUCAAAAUCGAACAUCUGAGCGCCCUUGCAACUGCUAUCGCACAGGACUGCCAACGUCUAAACUGCGAAUCAGAAGGUUUCAGGGGAAGGGCCUUGGAAUUGAAGCAUUCGGUGAUCAGAAAGGGGCUACUGUCUACAAGAGCGGUGAGCUUCUUGGCUUCCUCACAGGGAAACUUGUGCAGAAGGGCACAGUUUCUGGCGACAUGGCUGUAGACUUCGUGGAUUGUGAUAUUGACUGCACUGAUCAUGGCAACUGUUUCCGUCUCAUGAACCAUGCAUGCGAAGGGCAUGCUAUGGCAAAGAUGAAUCGCAUGAGAGUUUCUGGGUAUUACAUGUUGGGUGUGAAAGCACAUUGUGAUAUUCAACAUGGAACUGAGAUUACCAUAUGGUAUGGUGAGGGAGACGGACGGCCAAUAUGCUAUCUCUUCCUCGGGGCUCCCGUCAUUAAAAUGACCAUAUCCAGCUACUGGGGCACCUUCAUCUAG